AUGCCUGACAGCUUCCCCGCUGCAAAUCGGCUGGCUAUAAAGGAGAGCGCGCCUCCGGCCUACCUGGUCCCUUCAACAGAGAAGAGCCACCUCAUCUUUCCGAUGUCUACCCCACUGUCGAGCGAAGCACUCCACCUUAAUUUGAAGCUUGGACUGCGGCAGCGACAUGUUCAGCAGUUAUCACAGAUCGGCGAUGAUUACAAAUUUCAGGAGGACCUGGACCCAGACAAAAAGGUUACGGUGGAGGACUUGAUGCGAUGGACUACCCACGUGCAGAAGGAAUUCGACGCUGCAAUCGCACAGAAGGUUUUUGGAAAGAAGGGGAUAAUCGACUGGCGAAAUGCUCUCUUCACUCUGUUGGAGAGUACUGCUAUGUACCUGCGAGACGAUGCGGCCGUUCAGAGCGCCAUAAAUGCAGCAAAGGCGGGGAACACUGACCAGGCCAUGGAAUAUCUCAGAGAGGCAGACGAUGACAUAAACAAAAUCGCAGAGUUUUGGGGCCUUGAGUACAUGACCAUAUGCGACCUGAUUGAGAAAACCCCCGAUGGCCAACGGGACAUCGUCGGCCCGUUUUGCGGUGCAUUCUCCGCUAAGAAUCCCAGAGAUCCUUUCCUCGGGAUCGCGUUCAAGGGCACUUCGGCCACAUCAGAAUGGGGGACUGAUUUGGCUCGAGAACCCCAGGCCACCGGAGACUCGUUCAUUCUUUGGGGCGCGGAUGUCUCUAGAGGUGUUUUCAAUGCGCUAUUCGGAACGUUCGGGGACUAUGGAAUACCUAUGGACCAUAUUCUGGUAUACAUCCAACAAUAUAUGAACCAGUUGCCUACUGGCUCCUCUGAACUCGUUGUGCAUUCCACGGGACAUUCAUUGGGCGCGUCCUUCACGACACUCUGCUAUGCCCAACUGCUUCAGUACCAGCAGACGAAGCCCCUCGAGUGGGUCCUGGGAGAUCUGUUCACGUUCGGAAGUCCUCGUAUCGGCGAGAACUCUUUCGCAUUGAACUUUAGGGCUGCGGUGGAAAAGGCAGCUGGCUCUAGUUGGCGUAUCGUUGACGAGGACGACUCCGUCACCUCCCUGCCGCCGGCACCGGCGAAAUUGGUGCUCGGUAUCUUCCCCGCGGUGGAUGAUCCCAGGAUCUACGUGCAUGUCGAUUCGGCAUAUCGCACCUCGCGAAGCGAGCCUCCGUCGGCGAUCAGCAGCGAGGUAGGCAUGGACCCGGGGCCGGCUCCCAAGACGGUAGAGGAACUGACGGAGAAAGAACAUAUGCAAGAUCAUUCACCUGCUUGGUACUACGAAUCGUUGCUCAAGGCGAACGGCUUGGGUCCUUUGCAAUGA